AUGCAGCAGGGGGCCUACCCCGCCACCCCGGUCGCCAUAGCAACCAACAUAUUAAACACAAUCUACCCACACAACGAGAAAUAUCAAAAUUUACAACGCCCAUCUGAAAAUUACACGACGAAAUUCUUUGGUUCCGAAACUUUGAGCACGAAAUUUUCAGAAACCUUCACCGAAAAUUAUCAACAGACAGAAGGAGUUAAUUUCCCUGAUUACGAGAGCCAAAAAGCUGAUGGAUACCAAGAUUUAUCUGGUACUACAGUCGAAUACGACUACAGUGAGGUCAAAAAGAGAAAGAAAAAGAAGAAAGGAGCUAGAAAAAUCUGGGACUCUCUGUCGCCUCAUCAAGAGCUAGAAAAGGACGUGGAUCAAGCGCAAUAUGAUACCGCAGCCUCGGCUCGGAAAAUGAACGGUUAG